CUCAACUCCGUCGCCGUGUUCAUCGUUGUGGAGAACUGUCUUUCGUUCGCGCUCUUGAACUGCGACUCCGCGCCCAUCGCUGUGAACGCGACGAACACCACUACCCAAUGCCAACACCUCCUUCGCCACUACUUCGCGAUCUCGCCGCCAGUCGUGCUGCUGGCGCUGUCGUCGCUGCUCUUUUUGGGCGCCAUUUCCAAAACGCUUCUCAUGUUCUGCUAUUUGCUGACCAUCGCCGCCGUCCACCACUUCCUCCACUCCGCCCUCUCCGUCCACGUCCAGCUCUUCUGCGCCUCUCUCGUGCUGUGCUUCCUGUGCCGCGACCGCCGCCUCGAGCGCGCCGCCCGCUCGCACUUCCUGUGGCGGUCGCGCCUGCGCGUGGAGCAGCACGACGUGGAGCUGUUGGGCGGCAUCAACAAGAUCCUCUUGGAGAACAUUCUGCCGCAACACGUGGCCAAACACUUCAUGCUCUCCUCCCCCACCCUCUACCACGAGCGUUACGCGUCGGUGGGCGUGAUGUUCGCCUCGAUUCCCAACUUCAAGGAGUUCUACGACGAGAAUGACGUCAACAAACAAGGUUUGGAAUGUUUGCGACUUUUGAACGAAAUUAUCUGCGAUUUCGACAAAAUCCUCCAAAAGCCCAAAUUCUCGCGCAUCGAGAAGAUCAAGACCAUCGGCAGCACUUACAUGACGGCCGCGGGUCUCACGCCCGGCGCCGACCAGUCGAAGCAGUCGAAACACCCGGUGGUGGCGCUCGUGGAGUUGGCGCUCGCUUUGGACGCCGUUUUGCACCAAAUCAACAAAGAGUCGUUCCAGAGGUUCAAACUGCGCGUCGGAAUCAACCAUGGUCCGGUCAUCGCGGGCGUCGUCGGCGCGCACAAACCGCAGUACGACAUCUGGGGCAACACGGUGAACGUGGCCUCGCGCAUGGACAGCACGGGCCAGAUGGGCCGCGUGCACGUGUCGCGCGACACGGCGCUGGUCUUAAUAGAGGAGGGCUUUCGGUGCGAGUCGCGCGGCGAGAUAAUGGUGAAGGGAAAGGGCGUUUUGGAGACGUUUUUCGUCGAGAAAUAAAAAUACUUUUUUAUU